CAGCAGAGGACCUUGACAUUUCUGAUCAGACCUGCAGCAAGUUGGCCGUUCUGGGCAGGCCGACACCGCAGCUGAGAAUGCAUGAACAAUCUAAUCAUGCAGCCAUUGUCUCUAGAAUUAAUGUCCUUUCGGUGGUUGUUUGCCAGACGCAGGACGGCAGUAAAUCAUCCUGUCGUACUCGACGAAUACGUAGCCACGAGCCCAAUGACGCUUCAAAGCAGGAUACGCAACAAAGCGAGUUGAGGGCUGUGACGUCCCCAUGAAUUCACCCCAUACGGCCGCCCGUGGUGCCCUCGGGCCUAAGGGAACAAAUCGAGCAAAAUCGCCAAGACGACGAUUGGAGCCUGCUCUUUGCACCAUCUCCUCGACCUUGUUUUGCUCCUUCAACGAUUCUGCCUCAUGUUUGACGAUCGAAGCGAACAACUACUCUACGCGAUUUGCGCCCGUUCAUGCUCCGUCUUAAUUGGAACCCCUCUUGUGUUUGCCAUCACCGGAGCAGGUUGCCGCCAGAACGCGCCUUCACAACUAUCCCCAACAACGCAACAGCGUGCGCUUCAUGGUCACUAGUUGUUGUCACGGAAUUCACCUUUUGAUCACCCGAUCCUUGUGCAAUCGGCACUUCUCUCGUGAGACCCUCUCCACCUCGAUGGCUAGAAAUAGCCCCAGAGAAAGAUCAUUCUUCAUUUCGCAAUCAGAAGAACAAGAUGAAUAAGCAUGCCGCAACGAUGGUAAGAAAUGCCGAGCUGAUGGGGGAUGAUAUCGUUGGAAUUUUCCUUUCAGAAGAAGUACUCGGCUCUUCAAGCAAGACCAAGCCAAUGGGGGACAAACUGCGGCGCUUCAUCCAUCAUCAGGAGAGCAUCCAGUGUCUCCGCCCGCUAGGCAGUGGGAUACACGGGGCGGUACUUCUUGCUACCAUCAAGAACGUCAAAUAUGCAUUGAAAGUGUUCAAGUAUUGGAAACAACCUGGUCCCGUCUUCGAUUCAUAUGAGAAAGCAAUCUAUACCUCUCCACUUGCGAACGAAAGCCGAGCAUUCGCUCGACUUCACGCAGCUAGAAAAGACGGGACAUGGGCGGUUAGGUGUCAUGGGUGGAUGAAGCUAUCAGAUGCACAGUUCAGGGAUAUCGGGGAUGUUUUCGAUGGAGAAGGUCUAAGCCGUUGGGUCAUCGUCAAAGACUACCUACCAAUGUUGACAGACGCUUCCCACACCAACCAAAUUUUGAAGAAUUUCGCAAUCCCUAAGGAGCUACGACUUUUACCUCAUGAUGUUCUCCCUCAAAAUUACAGGGGAUCACAGAUUGUCGACCUCUCAUGCACUUUGACGUCUCCAUGUCCGGAAUGGUCGGAAUUCGAAUUCAAUCUCUUCUACUCGGAGACUGUCUAUGGUGUGUUGGACUGGUUUGAGGAUCCACCCAAGAGGUCAUUCCUAACGUCAGAAACCUUUCUUUCCAGAACCCUUGCUUUUCUCCUUCGCCCGUUUUGUGCUCUAGGUAGAAGCAAUUAGCGCUAGCCCUCCAGCUCCUCGGAUAAAGGGCAUACUUGGAUACGAUCACCUCGGUCUCGCAACGGUGAGUAGGUCUCUUGAACGGAAAGAUCCUUUCUGGUCUCCAUAUGCAGCCACCACAAUGCCAACUUUACUGUCAAUAACCCUUUCCCUGCGGCGUCCCAUGGGAUACUUUUGAAUUGGAGCGGGCCGUACUCAAUAUUUGGAUUCGCAUCGUCACUGAAACUAGAUCCGGUGUCGAGAGACAUCGCUUGAAGACCAGAACUGACCGUCUCGGCGGAGAAAGUGCGUGAGUGUGAUGUUCGAUCUCGCGUGUUCUGCGACACGUUUCUGGAAGCUCUGAAGGCGGCCAGACCUGGUCCUAUCACUUCUCUCGAGACCUUGAUGGGGACGAGUUCCUCUGGCGUGAUAAUGUACCCUUGACGAACACCCCACUGGCGGCCACAGUAUGUUUGAGUCUGCUGAAAGGGCGAAGUAUAAUCUGGUCGACGACGACCUUCUUUUGAAGUGCUCCAUUUUGAGGCGAGCUUGGUUUCUCCGGGGCAAAAGUUUUUAUAGCCAAAAGCUGUUAUCUCACACUGUCGAAUUCCAGCCCA